UGGUGGUGGUAGUGGUGGUCUGGACUGGAGGCGACGACGUCAGUGUCUCCCCAGCCAGCUAGGUGAGCAGACGCUCCCACUCACCACGUCCUGGCUGCCGCCGUGUUCUCACCCCAAACCCAUCCUUAACCUUUAAAAGAAAACUAACCUAAAGAAACUUAUUUUCUCAUGAACUCCUGCCAGAAAAAUAAAUACAUUAUAAAAGCCAACGUCCUUGGAACAAGGCCAGUGAUAGUACCAUGGUGUAGAACAAGCAGUUGAGGGUAGUUAGUGGCGGAUUACAAGCGAGGAGUGAGAAACACUAAGGUUCUUGUUGUGUUGUGAUCUGCGGCGAGUCAUUCUCCUGCUGCCACUCAGGAUAUUACUAGGUAAGUAAUUAAAGUGCAGCUACCUGUUGCUUCCUAAUUACUUGCUGAACUCUAGUCAUGACGUCACGAAGGACAAUGAUGACGUCAGCUAUGAUGCCACUCCUUCUCUUGUUCCUGGUACUUGAGCCUCAGCCUAACGCGGCCGACCAGUACAACACCAACGAGGUAGAUGACGACAUCUCACAAGAAGAAGAUGCCAGACUGAUGGACGAACGCCCGGUGUUAGUCUUACCAGCGGCGGCCCGGGCAGUGGAGUGGGUGGUGGGACAGAGGCGAGCGGACUGGGGAUGGGGUAGCGACACUGCCCACACACUCCUCGCUCUCCGCCUCGCCAAUGCCACCUGGUUCGCCCCGGAAAACCUCGAUGCACAACUCUCCACCAAGCAACUUGAGUUGGAGUUGGUACUGAGGCUGUGGAAGCACCGAGAGCUGCCCCUCACCACGGGUCACCUGGCGGUCAACGUGAUGGCUCUGGUGGCACUGUGUCGGGACCCAAGGGCCUUCUACUCCAAGGACCUUGUUGCCAUGUUGGGCCACCAGGAGGGAGGAGUGGACUUCGAGGUGGCCUUUGCUCAGCUGGCCACCUGUACAGCUGGCCAUCACGUCCGUAAGUCCAGGAUCCGUCGCCUUGUUGAAAUGAGCACCGAACGUAACAAGAUCCAUUCAAUUGAUACACUGUCGGUGGUCAUCUUGGCUCUCCACUGCGCUCAGCACCAGCGGCGUCAUGACCUGAAACACUUCAUCGACCAGGCUGUACACACCCUCCUGCACCAUCAGGCAGCCGACGGCUCCUUCAAUAAGAAUCUUCACUCAACCGCCCUCGCCCUGCAGGCAAUGUUGUCGAGCCAGCUGGCAGGGUCAUGGAACGCCACCCGAGCCCAAGAGUAUGUCAUGUCUCACCAGCGUCCGGAUGGCUCUUUCGGCAGCCUCUUCGACACCAACGCCGUCCUUCCGCUGAUGGGAGGACGCACCUUACUAGACGUGGCUCUCAGACGGUGUCCAAGAGUCACCCACGACACCAUCGACAGUGAGGACGCACCAGUAGAUGAGUUCGAUAUGCCGGGUGACUCCGUCCCUGUACCCUCUGACCUAACGCCGCGACCUGACCUCUCCAACACCACUGCUGAGGAGCUGAUCAAGACAACAUACAUUAUCUGGAAGGGCAACAACGCCUCUACACAUUACAACCUGACCUUCAAUGUCCCCGUCAACACGACCUUCCUCACUAUCAUGAAAAUGGCGGCAGAGCAGGAUGAGCGCUUCGUGUUCUCGGCAUCUCACUGGGGUAAUGGUCUGUACAUCCACACGCUGGCAGGGGCGAAGGAACAGAAGCUGGGGUACUGGUUCUGGCUUCUGUACCGUCUACGAGAGGCUCCUGUCCCUGGGGUGAAGCCUGACAACAAAUUCGUCGUGGGUACUGGUGUGCAGGAGACGAUAAUCAACGAUGGUGACCUACUGCUGUUUUGGUAUCACCAGAUUUAAGAGAAAAAAUAUUUCCUCCAAAACCUCCUCUCUCUAUUUCUAUCUCAAAAACUAUAUAAACGUCUUUUUAUCUCUAUCUUACAUCUUAUCUCCAUCUGUCUCUCCAUCUCUCGGCCUCCAAGAUUAUACGCUUGGCUUGAAACAUGUGUGUGCGAAAUCUCCGCUUGGCCUCCAAAUGUGUGUGUGAAUGUUCGUCUCUCGGCUACCAUUACCUCCAAAGAAUACCUUUGCCUGGCCUGCAAGAUAGUCUAGUUGUCUUAAGGGAAGAAAAGUCAACGACCUCCAAAACAAAGCCUCUUGCAUGGUGUCCAACACGUCACUCUAACCUCCAAGACAUCAUUUCAACCUCAGAUAUUUGACUUCCAACCUCCUACGACGUGUGUGUGUAUCUCCAACACCGGCAGUGGCUCUCCAACGGCAUUAUAUAGUCUCCAUCGCUCCUGCAACGGCACUACAGUAUUGCACACACCUUUCUUGUUCAGUAAAAUGUUCAAUGCUUUUAUAUGUUCACAGUUAUUGGUUGUUAUUAUAGUAGUUCAUAGGUUUUAUAAUACUGUAUUGACACACACACACACACACACACACACACACACACACACACACACACACACACACCAAUAACAUUAGAAUAGGUUUUUAGGUGGUUGAGUUUGCUCAUUACAAUGAUCAUUAGUUCAGUGUUCAAAAUAUUAGUGAACCGUAAUUAUUUGUCUUCAACUUUACAAACAAUUAUCAGGUUUUUUCCAGGUGAGACAAUCUGUUUAUUGAUUGUUUGAUAGUUGUGUUACAUCCAGCCUUCAGCGUGUGUGUGUUGCCUCAGUGACCCACACAGUAAUACUAACACAGGGCUAGCCGUCAGCUGAUCUUAUGGUAAACAUAACGUUGCUAUGGAAACUAAUACUUGGGUGGACGCACGUGGGAGGAUGCAGUGUAUAGACGCUCUGUGUCGUGAAGUGUCAUUUUACAAGUAAAUACAGCCUUCGGUACUCGUUAAAUCGCAGCUAUAUCGCUUAUGCUAUAUAUUUCUUAACAUAGACAUGGCUCAACCAGAUCAAACGGACAUAUUCCUAGCGUCUUAUGGCUACGCUGAACCUCUCCUCCUCUGCAAUAAUAUGUCUUAGUCCAUACAUACAUCAACAAGACAUACAGUACUGCGCUUAAAUGACCUCCCAGAUGACAAGAUAUCCUGGCGGGUAUCUACUGACGACGGAUGGCCCUGAAUGUUAGGCCAAAACUCACUUACCUGUACAGCAUGUUGGUGUAAGUCGAGCAAAGAGACGUCGACUUGGUAGUGGGUGACGGGAGAACGUUCGCCCUUAAUGUUCCCUCUCCAGGUUAACAUUGGUCGACCGCUGUCGACACUUAAGAAACGGAACACAUAUUUUAAUGUAUAAGGAUCUGUGAGAUUUUUUUAAGUUGAAUAUAAAAACUUCCUGGUGCUCUGAGACACAUCUCUGGCAGAUCACGACGACGAGCUAACACAUCAUAUCCUCACACACACACACACACACACACAGAAGCUAUACAGAGGUCGAUACCCUAACUGGGAUGCGUCAGUGAACUCUAUGGUUGUCAUGUAUCAUAGCCUCAUGCCUGCUAUGUCGUGUUGCCUUAUGGCCUGCCUGUCAGUCUAUUUAUACAAGCAAAAGGAAAAGACAACCCGUAUCUGUUAAGUUACCCCUGACCUGAGGAAGAUGUGGGUUAUGCGGUCUGCUGGAGGCGGUGGUAAAGAGCUCCCUUCCUUCUCCCUUCACCAUCCCACACCUCCGCCAUGCAGCUCUCCGUGUACUCAGUUCUUCCACAUGUAUAAUAUAUAUAUAUAUGGCAGGAAAUGUGUCUUUGUAUAUAGUUAUUAUGUAAGAGCCUAAGGUGCUGUCGUCUGAGAUAGUGUUGUCAUGACUGCUGGUGGAGUCCUGAUGUGCCUCUGGUAUGACAGGACUGACCAAGACAGCUGAGGUAACAGUAGACAAUAUGGCCAUCAAGGUAUGUUAAGCGCCUGUUAGAACUGAAACAGACAGUAUCAACUUACGAUGACUGACAACCGGAAAUAUGAAUGUAAGCAACUGUAACUGAAUCUCUUGGUAAAGCAUACAAACAUCUGUAUGUGGUAACUGUAUUAAAAAAAUCAUUACCUCAGACAACAGUUGAUAGCAUAAAAGAUUUCAAAGCACUUCCUACCCUAGACUUUAAGAUAAAUAUAUGAUGAUAGUAUGUUAGGGGUCUGCCAGGCUGUGGUAUGAUGCUCGCAUACUUCAACUGUAACUAAUAUACUUAUCUGUUUAGCCUCAACUUCUUCUGGCGGGGAAGAAAUAACUUAUCACCCGGAAAGUUCAUUGGAGAAGGAGUGGGAGGUUUGAACUGACCAAUCAAAAAUGAGCUGUAACACCAUAGUGACGUCAUCAGUGAGGCCUGACCUUAUCAGAAGUGAGCUAUGACAUCACAUAACGUAUAUAACCUUUCAGAUGUCAGUUCUAACGCCAUCUAGCCCACCAGAAGUGAAAUGCAGGAUCACCCGGCACCAACUGGCACAUCAGAUAAUAAGAUCCGACGCUUCAGACAUCAAAUUGCCAAUUUAGAAGGAGUUGUGACGUCAUAAGACCCCCAGGUGAUCGGCAUCACUCCCCGCCCCUGACCCGUGAAACAAGUGAAUCAUAAUCUGCGUCGAGCGAGAAUCAAAACAAAGGAUCCGCUCAGUUUGUAUAACUUGUAUAGCUUACCAUUAAAUACUCCCGAGUCUACACCAUCAACAGCGACGGUGGUGUGAGUAAUUAUAGUCUGUAUCAAUAGUUAACAUUGAAUGUCUUUCAUUGUACUUGACUUUAGAACAUUGUUUAAAGAGGAUCAGUGUGUGACGUCAUAGCGUCGUAGAAGGUAUAUAACGAAUAAUCCGUUACAUAGAACGCCACUGUAUCAGUAACGCGUUAUGUGCAUCACUUUGUUACCUGUAGCACUCCUUAGAGGCCCUGAGUUACCACCUUAGGGUUGUGUUGUGUAGUAGAUCUGUUGUUAUAAUGCUCUUUUAUUUUAAGUUAUAUGUAAAGCAAUACCUUGUAGUGUCUAUUAUUGUUUUUAUUAGCACAGGGUAAAACCUCUCUUCCUUUGACAUGUUAAGGUUACAGACGAGUUGUGGAGAUGGUGUUGGAAGUGUGAAAGUCAAGAAAAUACAAAUAGACGUUGGGAAUAUCACUCUUAACACAUGUAGAAACACGGUUCAAGAGUAAAGCUCCCCAAUGUGUGUUUCAACCUUAACCAAUCUACCUUCUGUCUAAAUGUGCCAUACUGUGGUUUGCUGGUGAGGAUGGAGUUGCUGGGGAUUCGAACCUACUAUGUGAACUAUAUGGGUUGAACGUCAACAAAAAGACAGCCCAGUAAUGGAGUGUGAAUGGUAACUAAUAUAUAUAUAUAUAUAUAUAUAUAUAUAUAUAUAUAUAUAUAUAUAUAUAUAUAUAUAUAUAUAUAUAUAUAUAUAUAUAUAUAUAUAUAUAUAUAUAUAUAUAUAGAAGCGGGUUCGAAUCUCACUCCAAAGACCCAGUACGAAUAAACUUUCCGUGAUGGUCUGACUCUCACCUAUGCACCGCUUUUAUAUUGCAGUGACGGUGUAGUGAAAGUGUAGUGACAUUGUAGUGAAGGGGUAGUAACGGUGCAGUGACGGUGUAGUAAAGGUGUAGUAACGGUGAAGUAACGGUGUAGUGACGUUGUAGUAACGGUGUAGCGACGGUGUAGUGAAGGUGCAGUAACAGUGCAGUAACGGUGUAGUGACGGUGUAGCAACGGUGUAGUGACGGUGUUCUUUUUUCCUGCUGUUGUCCUCUGCCACUGUACACGUGAAGGAUAAACUCUUCACUGUAUGUUGAUGGAUCGAAUCUAAUUUGUUUUUCUCACUGAGGAGGAUCGCCGAGUUUUUUCUUUCUGGUCUCUGGUGAUGAUAUGAUCGAGUCCCAUUCUUCCUUCUACGUGAGUCACGGUUAUGGGAAAAUUAGAGAUGGGUGAUUCUGAAACAUUUCCUUAUUUUUGUUGUUUGUUGUUGUUGUGUAGUGGGGUCAAUAGGGUGGGCUGUGUGGUGGGUCGCUCGGAUGGGUUGUAGGGCUUGAAUAUUAUAUGAUUUUUGGACGAUGUUUACAAUUUUUGGUUCUUUAGUUUAUAUAAACAAGUGUAUCACAUAUAAAUAAGUGACUCAAGUAAAGUAAGCUGCAUGGAGUCUGGUGUGUGACCAACGUGUAAAUAAAGUCCUCUUAAAGUUUA